AUGAGGGUAGUGUUGUCGUUUGACUCCAAUGGCUGCGCAGCCCUCGCUCCCUCAGUUCACUCCUCAGCCCUCUGCCCCUCUCAGCCUCUCCACUCUCCAGUCCAGACUCGGUCCAGUCUCCUCUUCCUCACCCCGUGCUACUGCUCCCGUAGAUCUGCUGCUUCUCUCCUGCUUCUCUCCUCAGCCCUCACCAGUACCACCACCACCAACGUCCAUGCCCACCGCCACCGGCCACCACCAUCAACGCCGAGCCCCACCUUUUCCGACGCAACUAUUCCCCCCGUUCUCUCUCAAUCGAUCCCCGAAGAAGCCAAGAGCCGUAAAUCAGUAAUCGAGCCCCUCUACAGUGGUACGUCACUAAUUUUUAGACUGGUAAAGGCUUUACAGCAAAAGAAAACAGCUUAUGAUUCUAUUUCGACCGGUGUGAUGGAUCCAGAUAAUUUUGAUUUCACGCUUGAUCGGGAACUUGAGGAUGAUGUUGUAGAUGUUGAAGAAGUUGAACUUGGAGGUAAUUCUAAUCCUCUUGUGUCUACGAAUGCCAAUGUUAUUGAUAUUCAAGAUGAUACAGUAGCUGAAGUUGGUCAAAAUAGAUUGAAAAGAAAGGUUCCACCACAAGUGCGUAAACUUAAAAAAGAGCCUGGAAAAAGAUAUAGAUCUCCUGCCUGGGAUCACUUCAACGAUAUUAAAGAGGGUGGGGAAACCAAAUGGGCUGAGUGUAAGUAUUGCCAGAAACGAUAUGCAGCUGAAAGUAAAAAACAUGGCGUUAGUAAUUUAAAAGCUCACAUCCCUGUUUGCCCAUUAUAUCCUAAUAGAGACCAACAUGGACAACAAAACCUUUCAUUUCGACCCACAGACGGGGGCGGUGUCAACGUUGUGACUCAUGUCUUUUCUUUUGACGAUUGUAAGAGAGCUCUUGCCGAAAUGGUCAUCAUUGAUGAACUACCCUUUAGGUUUGUUGAGGGGAUUGGGUUCAGAAAGUUUUGUAAGGUCAUGCAACCGAAGUUUUCACCGGUUUCUCGCCAAACGAUAACUAGAGAGGUUGGUGCAAUUCAUAAAAAUGAGAGGGCAAAACUGAAAAAAUUCUUGAAGGGUCGUAGGAUUUGCCUCACGACUGAUACAUGGACAUCAAUUCAAAAUCUUAACUACAUGUGUCUCACUGCACACUUCAUUGAUGAUGAUUGGAAGUUGCAAAAGAGAAUCUUAAACUUUUGUCAAAUUGAAGAUCAUAAGGGAGUUACCAUAGGCAAGAAAAUUGAGUCAUUGUUGCUUGAGUGGAAUAUUGAUGGUAUUUUUACUUUGACGGUCGAUAAUGCAAGUUCGAACGCCACCGCUAUUGAGUACUUGAAAAGGAAAACAAUGGAUUGGAAAAGGACUAUCUUGGAGCAUGAGUACAUACAUAUGCGAUGUUGUGCACACAUUUUGAAUCUUAUUGUUGUUGAGGGGUUGAAAGAUACGAGUGAGUCUAUUCUCCGUGUUCGUGAUGUUGUGAGAUAUGUGAGAUCUUCUCCACAAAGAAUGGAGACUUUCAACAAGUGUGUGGAGAAGGAGAAAAUUAAAUCGAAACAAACUGUGUGUCUUGAUGUGUGUACUCGGUGGAAUUCUACUUACUUGAUGUUAGAAGUAGCCAUCAAGUUUGAGAAGGCAUUCCAAAGAAUGGGGGAGGAAGAUAGUAGUUUCAUAAAAUUUUUUGGCAUAAAAGAAGGCGAGGACGAUUUGUCAUUAGAGUUGGAGGGUGGCCAAAGUGGGAGCCAUAGGAUUAGUGUCCCAACUCCAAGACAACCAACUGUCCCAAACAAGCUUGAUUGGAAGAAGUGUGGGUUGUUUGUUACAUUUUUGAAACUUUUCUAUGAUGCAACCAAGAAAUUUUCGGCUUCCCUUUUUGUCACAUCCAAUGUGUUCUUUCAUGAGUUGUAUGAGGUUCAAACCCGUAUAGAUGAAUUAAUUGCCAACCGAGAUCCUUUUAUGUCUUCAAUGGCAAUUGAAAUGAAACGAAAAUUUGAGAGAUAUUGGGGGGAUGGAGAGAAAUUCAAUCCCCUACUUUAUGUGGCAGUGGCAAUGGAUCCCCGAUUUAAGUUACGGUUGGUGAAGUUUUGCUAUACAAAAUCUAAAGGAAAGGCAGAGGGUGAGAAAAUGGAGAAACAAGUGAAGGAUGUUUUGAACCGGUUGUAUGAUUCUUAUGCGAAAGAGGGUGAAGGUAGACAAAAUGUGCCUAGUGCAAGUCCAAUGCCGAGAGUAAUGGAGGAGAAUGAGGAUUGUGAUCAUCGCUUGAAUUUAGCUCUUGAAUUUGACACUUACUUGGAAGAGGAGUAUUCUAGUGUUUGUUCCUCGGAGGUAGACAAGUACUUGGGGGAUUUGUGUGAACGUAGGGACAAUCCGGAUUUUGAUAUCUUGGUAUGGUGGAAGAACAAUUCCAACAAGUAUCCAAUCUUGUCAAAAAUGGCGCGUGAUGUAUUAGCUAUGCCUGUGUCUACCGUUGCUUCCGAGUCGGCCUUUAGUACGGGUGGUCGUGUACUUGAUCCAUUUCGGAGUUCACUCUCACCGUCAAUGGUCGAGACUCUUGUAUGCACCCAAAAUUGGCUUCUAAGCACGGUUCCAAUCUCUCUUCGACAGGCUAUGGAUAAAGUUGAAGAUCUUGAACGAGAACUCUUACAAACUGAAACUGAUGAUGCAAGUUCCUAGGGAUUGAUGAGGCUUUGGACCUUGGU